AUGGCGGUUUCCACGGCCUCUACUGCCGGCAUAAUUGCCGGGUUUGAUCCGCUCGAAUAUCUAACGUCUCAACCAUACACUUUGCUAUUGUUCCAGAUGGUGGUUAUCUUAACCUUUGCGCAAAUUGUCAACUUCCCCUUGUCUGUCAUUAGACAACCACGAGUUAUAGGAGAGGUUAUCACUGGUAUUUUGCUGGGCCCUUCGGUGAUGGGCCACAUUCCAAACUUCACCAACAAGGUGUUUCCGACCGCUUCGAUUCCUGGAUUGACGGAUAUCGCCAACAUUGGUGUUUAUCUGCUGCUGUUCAUGGUUGGUUGCGAGGUGGACACCACGUUUAUCAGGAAACAUCUCAAGAUCGCUCUUACUGUUGGUAUUUUCAACAUGGCCGUUCCGUUUGCGUUGGGAUGUGCUGUUUCUGUUGGACUGUGGAACGAGUAUCGCAAAAACGACGACACGUUGCAACCAAUCGAGUUCACCACCUAUAUGGUGUUUAUCGCAGUGGCCAUGUGUAUCACUGCGUUCCCGGUUUUGGCCAGAAUUCUCACGGAACUCAAUCUCAUCAGAGACAAGGUCGGAACCAUUGUGCUGGCCGCAGGGAUAACCAAUGACCUGAUCGGGUGGAUUUUGUUGGCCCUGAGUAUAACUCUGGCCAACUCCACCUCGUCUAUCACCACAUUGUACAUCUGUCUGGUGACAAUAGGCUGGUGUCUUUUCUGUGUUUAUCCAUUGAGAUACCUGCUAAGAUACAUUCUGACCAAAAACGGAGACCUGGAGAACCCGAACGGACCUUCACAGUUCUCCACCGCGCUGAUCCUCAUCAUGAUGCUCUCGUCUGCCUUUUUCACCGAUAUUAUUGGAGUGCACCCGAUUUUCGGUGCGUUCAUCAUUGGGGCCAUUGUUCCACGUGAGAACGGCUAUGUUGUUCGACUCGCCGAGAAGAUUGAAGACCUGGUCAACCUGGUUCUUGUUCCGCUCUACUUUGCGCUCGCAGGACUCGGUGUGAACUUAGGACUACUCAACCAAGGAAUCGACUGGGCCUAUAUCGUCUGCAUCGUUGUGGUUGCACUGGUUGGCAAAGUCUUUGGAGGAUUCGUUGCUUCCAAGGUGUUUGGACUGUACAAGCGCGAGAGCUUGGCUGUUGGGGUUCUCAUGUCCUGUAAAGGUAUUGUUGAGAUUGUUGUUUUAAACACUGGACUCAAUGCGGGUAUUCUGUCCCAGAAAACGUACUCCAUGUUCAUUGUGAUGGCUCUGGUUGCAACGUUUGUGACCACCCCGCUCACAUUGCUGGUGUAUCCACAAUCGUACCGGGACAAAGUGAAAGAGCUAAGAAAACAGGCCGAGGAGUCUGCAUCUAAAAGUUCUAUGGUGAGCUCUGUGGACGAAAUCAAGUUCCAGAGACUGGUUCUCCCUGUGAACGAGCUAGAGACUAUCUCGACGGGCCUGGUGUUGCUGGACUACAUUUGCGAGCCAACCAAACUGCCUGUUCUGGGAGUCAAUGUCAAGGUGUUGACCCAGAGAACAGCAGACCUUCUGCAGGCUUCGAUGCUGGGUAACCAGAGUUUGCGGUUUGACAAGGAGCAACUGAACCCGCUGCUGAGCAUCCUGAAGGUGUUUAGCGACUUGAACUCCAUUCCGUUCAGUUCGGAGAUCCUGUUUUCCAUGCCUGGCGACUACUUCAAGACGAUGAUUGCGUCGUCGAACUGUGCGCGCAACGACCUGCUCAUGCUCACGGUAUCCAACAAGGAGUACCUACGGAACCCGGACCUGGUGGCCGAGCUCGCACAACUGAGUUCCCCCACCGACGUGCACAAAUGUCUAUUGAUCAACAACAACCAGGAGCUUGCCAAGACGGCCGACGUGGACUACACGGACGGAGACUCGAUUUUCUCCAAGGAAACCAUUCUGAACCCUGAAUCGCUGCACUUUACGACACUAACGCUUGUUCUGAGCAACACUGUUACCACUUCGCAGGACCUUGUUGCGCUGAAACUGUUCUUUCUGAUGGCAGAGCACCGCGACAUUGCGUUGGCCAACGUGUGUGUGCGCGGCGACAGCGAGCUGCUGGGCCUGGUGCAAACACACAUGUCGCUCGUGAAGGACGAGCACGUGACGCUGACGGUGCACGAGAGCGUGGCCGCGUUCGAGGAGCAUCUGGCCGAGAAACACUCGUCGAUGAAAGGCAACGUGAACGAUUUAGUGAUCAUUGCCAACAACAGUGACAGCGAGCAGUUCUGCCGGCUGUUUGUGUCGAACAACGACCGGCUCGUUAUUACGUACUGA